UUGAGGAACGCAUCGAGCUGCAAGAACGGCGAGGAAAUGUCCACAGAAGAAAUUCCUUUAGGUAUUAAACUGUUGACCGGCUUAAACAAGGUCUUGAUCCGGCAAAAAGUGACCGCUUUUCCCAACAAUAAGUAUGUGGUGCUCGCGCCAGAUAGCUCCGUCGUGUUUUACGCUAAGGAGGACUCUGGGAUACUUGACAGGGUGCUCGGAGGCACGAGCCGCGCCUUCGAGAUCAAUGUCUUCGACACUGAGAAAAAAGAGGUAAUAAGACUCCGGAGGCCCUUCACCAUGGGGCUGGAUGUUAAGAUGGAUGUGGCGGUGUGUGGGAAGGCGGUCAGCGUGGUGCGUAAGGAGGUGACUUUCUGCAAGCCGAUCAUCAAUAUCAAUGAUUCAAGCGACAAGCCAGCGUUCCGCGUCAAGGGCCCCGUGUUUACUACCAGCGAAUGUGACUUUGAAUUGUUCACAAAGAGCAAGCAACGCAUUGGCGUGAUCAGGAAGAAGUGGAGUGGAAUGGCGCGGGAGGCGCUGACGAAUGCUGACAACUACGUGAUCGAGUUCCCCGCGGACCUGGACGUGCGUUUCAAGGCUGCCGUUAUAGGCACCUGUUUCUUAAUUGACUUUAUGUACUAUGAAAAUUAA